UCCUCGGGAUGGUUAGAUUUAGAUUUUUCUGGAUCCGUCUCCUCCUCAUCAUCUGUGAUGCGGCUCAACAUCUCCUCCUCCUCCUGCUCCCCAUCCCCGCUCCCGGUCGCCCUCAGCCCUCUGGAGGACGUCGGCGGCUUCUUCCUGCUCAACGGCUCCGGUAACGGCUCGGCGGCGGGCGGCGGAGCUCCGUCGGCGGGCAGCGCCGCUGUCAUCUCCUCCAUCUACUCGCUGGUGUGUCUGCUCGGUCUGGGGGGGAACUCCAUGGUCAUCUUCGUCAUCUUCCGGUACACGAAGAUGAAGACGGCCACGAACCUGUACCUGCUCAACCUGGCGGUGGCGGACGAGCUGCUGAUGCUCAGCGUCCCGUUCGUGGUCACGGCCGCGCUGCUGCGCCAUUGGCCGUUCGGCGCCGCGCUGUGCCGCCUCGUGCUCAGCGUGGACGCCAUCAACAUGUUCACGAGCAUCUACUGCCUGACGGUGCUCAGCGUGGACCGGUACAUCGCCGUGGUGCACCCGCUGCGGGCGUCCCGGUACCGGCGGCCCACGGUGGCCAAGCUGGUGAACAUGUGCGUGUGGAUGUUCUCGCUGCUCGUCAUCCUUCCCAUCAUCCUCUUCUCCUCCACCGCCCCCAACUCGGACGGCUCGGUGGCCUGCAACAUGCAGAUGCCGGAGCCGGAGCGCCGCUGGAUGGCGGUGUUCGCGGUCUAUGCCUUCCUGAUGGGCUUCCUGUUCCCGGUGCUCGCCAUCUGCCUUUGCUACGUGCUGAUCCUGAGUCAGCUGCGCGUGGUGGCGCUGCGGGCCGGCUGGCAGCAGCGGCGCCGGUCCGAGAGGAAGAUUACGGUCAUGGUGUCGGUGGUGGUGUCGGUGUUCGUGGUCUGUUGGAUGCCCUUCCACGUGGUGCAGCUGGUGGGGGUCUUCCUGCAGCGUCACGACCCCACCCUCAGCCAGCUGGCCGUCGUCCUGGGUUACGCCAACAGCUGCGCCAACCCGCUGCUCUACGGCUUCCUGUCCGACAACUUCCGCCGCUCCUUCCAGAGGAUCCUGUGUCUGCGCUGGAUGGAGGCGCCCGAGGAACCGCUGGACUAUCUGGACUACUACAGCACGGCGCUGAAGAGCCGCAGACUCAGCGUGGACCAGGACCAGGACCAGGAGCAGGACUUAGAGCAUCGGUCCAGGACCUGUUCCCUCCAAACACCAGGUCCUGGACUAGUCCAGACCCUGCUGACACUGCCAACAUCUGAAGGACCAGAAUGACCAGAACGGGUUCUUGUUUCGUAGUCCUGCUGAAGGUUCACGGUCCUAAGUGUGGAUGUUGGACUUCAGGAAAGUAUGGACCGGACCAGGACCAGCAGGAGGAACAGGGCCAGGACACCACAGCUCCAGGAUGUGUUCUGAACCCUGCUGAGGAUUUAAUGUCAUGGACUUGUCAUGGAUUCAUCGUCAUCACCUGUCCUGGACCCCCCUCCUCACACUCCACUGAUAUCACACGGAGCUGUAGCCCCGCCCCUUGCUGCUGUGACGUCAUUCUUAGUCAAGUUACUGUCUUAAAAACCUGAAAUAAAAUAUAUGUGUAUUAUUA